CUAGCUUGAUUGAUCAAUUAAUUCAAGAAAUGGCCAAAACAAAUAUUUAUUCUUCACUUGCAUUUCUGAUCAUUGUCUAUGCCUCUUCUUUAGCAAGUGCAUCCCAAUAUAAUGUGUUGAGUUAUGGGGCUAAAUCUGAUGGCAAAACUGACUCAACAAAACCCUUUAUUUCUGCAUGGACACAAGCUUGUGGCUCAAGUAAGCCAGCCACUGUUUAUGUUCCAUCAGGGAAAUUUUAUCUGAAAAAUUUAGUAUUUCAGGGUCCAUGCAAGAACAAUGCAAUAUUAUUUCGUAUCGAUGGAAUUCUUGUAGCUCCAUCAGACUAUAGAGUUAUUGGUAAUGCUGGCUACUGGAUUUACUUCAAGUAUGUGAAUGGUGUUACUGUUUCUGGUGGAAUUCUCGACGGACAAGGUUCCGGUUUAUGGGCUUGCAAAGGCUCUGGCAAGAAAUGCCCUAUUGGUGCCACGACUCUGGGGUUUUCCAACUCGAAAAAUAUAGCAAUUAAUGGAUUGACUUCGCUAAAUAGCCAAAUGUUCCAUAUUGUCAUCAAUGGCUGCCACAAUGUGAGAGUGCAAGAGGUAAGAGUUUCAGCCUCCGGUAAUAGCCCUAACACCGACGGCAUUCAUGUACAACGAUCAAGCGACGUAACAAUCUUCAACUCGCGGAUUGGAACCGGUGACGAUUGUAUCUCAAUCGGUCCUGGCACCAGUAAUUUGUGGAUUGAGAAUAUAGCUUGUGGUCCUGGCCAUGGAAUCAGCAUUGGUAGUUUGGGAUGGGGUCCUCAAGAGGAAGGUGUACAAAAUGUGACAGUUAAAUCAGUUACAUUUUCUGGUACUCAGAAUGGAGUAAGAAUCAAGUCUUGGGGCAGACCUAGCAGUGGAUUUGCAAGAAAUAUACUCUUCCAACAUGCUGUCAUGACCAAUGUCCAAAACCCAAUUGUCAUUGAUCAAAACUAUUGUCCUAACAACAAAAAUUGUCCUGGUCAGGAAUCUGGAGUUAAAAUUAGUGAUAUAACAUAUCAAGAUAUCCAUGGAACAUCAGCAACAGAAGUAGCAGUAAAAUUUGACUGCAGUAAAAAGAAUCCGUGCACCGGAAUCAAACUGGAGAAUGUGAAAUUAACCUACAAGAAUCAGGCAGCUGAUGCAUCUUGUAACAAUGCCGAUGGAACAGAAUCUGGUUUUGUACAACCUAGUAGUUGUCUUUAAUUGGAUUGGAAUGCAUACAUUUAUUUAUGUAUAAAUAGGAUCAAAUUGAAAGAAAAGUUGAUAAUAUGAGUAGAUGAUUAUUUUGCCAAGUAUUUGCUUGAGCCAGGGGCGCUUCUAGCACUUAAUCAUAGGAAUGUUGCUUGGAGCCCGGCCUUGCAAGUGGUUAAUUCUUUGCUAUGGUGAAUAUAAGAGAAUUAAAUUAUUAAUCACUCUCUAUUAUGUAA